UGGGAUGAAUACGGAAUUGCAUACAACCGUCCAAGCCAUGACAUAACCAUCCGCCGCAUCACUGGAUCUUCUCCAUAUGCCGGAAUAGCCAUCGGAAGCGAGAGUUCUGGCAGUAUCCAUAAUGUCACGGCCGAAGACAUCACUCUCUACAACUCCGGGUUCGGUGUCCAUAUCAAGACAAACAUUGGCAGAGGCGGAACUGUUCAGAACAUCAGAAUCUCCGGCCUUUACAUGGAAAACGUCAGGACUGGGAUUAGGAUCUCUGGCGCCACUGGAGACCACCCGGAUGAUAAGUUUAACCCGAAAGCUCUUCCCAUCGUGAGAGACAUCAUGAUCAAGAACGUCAAGGGCGUUAAGGUUCAGCACGCCGGUUUGGUUCAAGGCUUGAGAGAUUCCCCAUUCACUAAUGUGUGCCUUUCUAAUGUUACACUCACAGAUCCGAAGGCUUCUCCGCCGUGGAAAUGCUCUGAUGUCACGGGAGCUGCCGUCAAGGUCAGCCCUUUGCCGUGUGCCGAGCUCGUGGCUACGACUCAAGGCGGUUCCUGCGGAGACCAGAUAUAAUGGCCUCGUCUUCGCAGACUGAGGUGCGUAAGUUACAUUUAUCUGAAUUUGAUGUAAUCUUUCUUCACAAAUCCACAUGGCUUCCGGAAAUUGAUUUCAUAUUGAAUACCAUUGUGAUGGAAUUCGGAAUAUACUCCAUACCGAUUGAUAUAAUAAUCAUCAUAAUUUAAAAUU